AUGGGUACACUUGUCCAAGAGAUGAUACUCGAGUCAGCGGAGGUAGAUCUAGAAGUGGUUGGCGCAGGCAUGAAACGAGGCAGAACCAUACUUAUCCCGAAAGUACUCAUUAUACAAAAUUUCCCCACAAUGCUGCCCAACUCCGUAGCGAACACAAGUGAUAUAUCAAGGUGGACCCAUCUGCGAGGUGUGGAAUUACCAGAAUUGCAGAGCAACAGCAUAGAAAUUCUGAUAGGACAAGAUGUGCCACAGGCCCUGGUACCCUUGGAGCUGGAAAGUGGGGACACAGGAGCCUUGCAGUCAGCAGCUCAUUCACUUGAGGACAAAAGAGUGUUGAGGCUAUGGUCAGAGACAGGCAUCAAAACUAAUGGUCAUUACCAAUUUCCCAUACCGUUCCGUAAUGAGAAAACGGAACUCCCAAACAACAAGGCCGUGGCGGAGCGUCGACGAGAUGGGCUUCGAAGGAGACUAUCCAAGGACACACGGCUGCGACAAGGAUACGUAGAGGAAAUAAAUAAACUGGUUGCUGAAGGAUAUGCUGAAUCAGUGCCUAAGUGCCAGUUGGAGUCAGAUACUGGACUGGUCUGGUAUCUGCCUCAUCACCCGGUGUUGAACCCAAAUAAGCCAAACAAAGUACGCAUAGUUUUUGACUGUGCAGCCAAACACAAAAGGACAUUGCUGAACGACCAGGUACUACAAGGUCCAGACUUCAACAACAAAUUACUUGGAGUCCUGUUUAGGUUUCGCCAAGGAACUACAGCCAUCAUGGCAGAUGUGGAGGCUAUGUACCAUCAAAUCCAUGUAGCGCCAGAACAUCGAGAUGCGUUAAGAUUCCUCUGGUGGGAGAAUGGGGACCUGAGUAGAGAGCCAGUAACUUACAGGAUGAAGGUGCACAUCUUUGGUGGGGUGUGGAGCCCUUCCUGUGCAACUUACGCUCUCCGGCGCACAUUUCAAGACCACAGAUCCGAGUUUCCCGACAUGGUGGCGCAAGCGGAAGUCAACUUCUACGUUGACGACCUGCUCAUGUCGCUGGACUCGUCAAAUAAAGCAUCAAUGUUAGCGUGUCAGCUUCGAAGACUGUUGGCGUGUGGAGGAUUUCGGUUAACUAAGUGGGCCAGUAAUCACAAAGGAGUGUUGGCUACCAUCCCACCGGAGGAGAGGCAAAGUGCACUGAAGGAAAUUGAUCUGAGGCAAGACAAAUUGCCAAUGGAGCGAGCCCUAGGGGUUAGGUGGCUCCUGGAAGCAUGUGCUAAAGAAAUCAUCUCAGCACAGUUGCACACCUUCUGCGAUGCAUCGCAGGCUGCUUACGGUGCGGUGACCUAUCUGAGAAUGGUAGACUGGCGGAAGUAUCCAGUGCUCUUUCGUGUACGGACGGGUCAAGCUGGCCCCACUCAAGCAACUGACAAUGCCAAGGCUGGAACUUUGUGCAGCUGUCCAAGAGUGAACGCUGAUCGAACGAUUCGCCGAGAAAUGACCAUGACCAUACACGAAUCUUAUUUUUGGACGGAUAGCAUGCUAGUCUUGCAGUACAUCGCCAAUUCGAGCAGACGAUUUCAAACGUUUGUAGCCAACAAGAUAGCAGUCAUACAAGAGCUGUCAAGAACUGACCAGUGGAGACAUGUCUGCACAUCGCUGAACCCAGCAGAUGAUGCAACUAGGGGAUUACCUGUCCUGGACCUAAUUGCAGGAUCUCAGUGGAUACGAGGUCCUGACUUUCUACUCAGUGUUGAAGAACGGUGGCCAAAGGGAAAGGAACUGUCAGCAGUUCUGAACGACUUACUGGAGGUGAAACGAGAAGUACACCAUAUAAGGACCGCAGACCUGCGCCUCAAACUGAAGAGGCUAAACACUGAGGAACUACAGUCGGCUGAGCAGACAAUUAUAAGAUUGGUGCAGAAAGAAGCUUUUGAGAAAGAAAUCCAAACUGUCAUAAAGGGUGAGCUGCCGAAGGACAAUAAGCUAUAUAAACUGGAACCUUACUUGGACGAGCGAACGUUGCUCUAA